GCUCCCCGGCUCCCGGACUACUUCACACUUCACACUUCACAGACAAUCGGCGUCUGCGUUAGCUGCAAUACGUCCGUACCGCGUGGUCCGCGUAUUAUAAUAUCCGUCACACAUAGCAUACAAUUAAUAUAUUAUUAUAAUAUUACAAUAUCAGUACACAAAUACACGACAACGACAAUUAUAUUAUCGUCGUUGCACGUCAAGUCGCGCCGAAAAAUCAAACAGAACAACCGAAAUAUAGGAACAAUACUGCACCGUGACUUCACAAAUCCACCGCAUAUCGUGUUGUGAAGACAGUAUUGUUGUGGUUUUUUAAAUCUCCCGAGUCCGAUCGUCAUAACACGCUCUUCGGCCAGCGACGAGAACAUAACAAUGCUCGUGGAACUCGCAGCUGCAGUGCUUUGGACCGUCGGUCUAGCAUGUGGAUCACCAAGUCACGGAGAAAACGAACAAUCAUUUGGUUACGACUCUGGAGAGCUUGAUCCUUCGCAUUGGGCAAAUGAGUAUAAAACAUGUUCAGGAAAAUAUCAAUCGCCAAUCGACAUCGAGGAGAAUCUUGUGACAAAAGUAAAUCUACCACUUUUACAUUUUCACAAUAUUGACACACUUCCCACAACAACAACCAUAACAAAUAAUGGACAUACAGUGGUAUUACAAUUGAAUUAUACUUCACCAGUAAUGAUUAGUGGAGGACCACUGACUCCAACCUACAGAUUUACUCAACUACAUUUCCAUUGGGGUGUUAAUGACUCGUUGGGCAGUGAAGACCUCAUUAACAACCAUAGUUAUCCGAUGGAAUUGCAUAUGGUAUUUUCAAACACAGAUUACGAUGAUGAAAAAAUAGCCUUAACAAAAAAUGAUGGAUUGGUUGUUUUAGCCAUGUUCUUUGAAAUAACCCAAGAAGACAAUCCUGUAUACUCAGAAAUCGUCAACACCUUGGGUCAAAUAAAUAUGCCUGAUCAAACAUCAAAUUUACAAGUUGGAUUUACUAUUAGAUCCAUGUUACCUGAAUCGACUGAACUCUAUUUCACAUACAAGGGUUCCUUAACUACACCGCCUUGCUUGGAAGUCGUUACAUGGAUAGAUUUCAAACAUCCGAUUCAACUAUCUCAUAACCAAGUUCAAGCUUUUCGUAUGUUGCGUUCAAAACAUGGACAACUAACACACAAUUCUAGGCCUGUACAAGAGUUGUCGGGGAGACCUGUGUGGUAUAACGUAGGCGGCUUUGCGGCUUUGAAUACGCCAACUAUUCAAAAAAAUACUGCUGCAUCAUUUGGUUUUGCCAUUUCCAAAAUUUUUAUAUUAUUGUGUUGCAAACUCGCUACAUUGACUCUAUUCUGAUUCUUCUAAUGUAUUCAAAACCAACUUCAACCAUCAACAGAGUUUUGUUAAAUUAUUAUGGUCCAUGAAAAGGAUAAUUACACUAUAUAUUAAUCAAUAUGUAUAUGUAUAUACAUAAAACAAAAGUUGUAUAACUAUAUUUAUGUGAUAGAUCUCAACAGUUUAUUAGUCUUACACGUUUUGUGUGUUUUACUUCUAUUUAAUGAAACAUUUUUUUGUAUUUUAGUAUUUUACUAUUAUUUUUCGUAAAAAUUAUGUACUAAGAUUUUUUUCUUACCCAUAAUUUUAUUAUUUUACCAUUUAUUUUUUAUUCUAACAAUUUUAAAUGCCUAUAUUUAAUUCUUGUGAGUUAUUUGAUUUGAAUAACUAUCAUUGAAAAAUAUUCUAAAAACAAUUGUAUCGUUACAGAACAAUAGUUUUCACUUUUAUAAGCAAAUGAUACACUUCAUUUGUAUUCAAUAAAAAUCACGGCAGUAUUUUGUAAUUUUGUCGAUCAUUGUAUAACCAUACUAAAUAUAUCUAGAAUAGAGGGUAUUUUUAAAUAAUGGUCUCGCAUUAUGAUAUAUUUUUGAACGGCCUAAUUUAAUGAUAAUGUAAAUUAAAUACUGUUACACAAAAACCCUACUGAUACAACAAAUAUAAUUAUCAUUAUUUAUUUUAUUUUUACGAUAAAUCCAACAAGACAAAUUUAUUAUAUAAAACAUAAAAUAAUGUUCAAGUAAUAAUUCUCAGGAGGUUUUUUUUAUGGGGCUAAACUCAAUUUACCCUUAAAGCAAUAUGUACAUAUCAUUUAAAGAAUUACCUAAUUAUGUAAUUUAUUUAUAUACAUAACAAUUUAUUAUUGUUCUGUAUUGAUUAAAAACAAGAUUACAACAUUUUUCAUUUUGUAAUAUUUUAUAAAAGUUUAUAUUUAAUCAGAAUUUUAUAAUUGUUUAAUACUAAAUACUGAUACAUACUACUAUGGUAAAAUAUAAAUUAAUUAUUCUAUAAAAGCAAAAAAGUAUUAUACAAUUAAAAAUUGCCUCGCCAAGAUAGAAUUGUGGAGCUAAUUAAUAUAUUAUAAGAAAUAAAUUAGCUUUAGAUAAGUUUAAAUUAAUGAUAUUUGUAUUUAUAUACCUAAUUUAAGAAAAUAUGUUUGCUAUAUUAUAAAAUACAAAAAAUGUAUUUAACAUUUAAUAUUUUUUAGUACAUAUAGGUAUUAUAAGAUACUGUUAUACGACAACUAAUUUUAAUUAUAACUAUAGUUUUAUCUUAAAUUGUAUAAGUAUUACAAUUAAUUAUUUAUUUUUAUUUAAUGAUAUAUAUUGCCAUAAAUAAUAAAAAAUGUAAAAUGU